AUGUCUGUCAAUGAUGUUGAAAUGGGUGGUGAAACACAACCACCUGCAUCUGAAGUAAAUAACAACAGCAGCAACAGCAACAGCAUCGACGCCAACAAUGACAGUACCGACAGCAUGGUUGAGGUUGACGUUAGCAGCAGCAGCACCACCACCGAUACCAACAAUAACAGCAGUGAAGAUACCACCACAGAUCCCAUGGCUAUCGAGGAAACGACAUCAACUUCUCCAAAAACAACCUCUGAGACUUCAACUACCGAAGAGUCACCUACUGAAUCACAACAAAAUAAAUCGAUUGCUUCACAGGAAUCUUCAUCUCCUCUAAUCACCCCACUAUCAAGAAGAAAACGUAUUACACUUGUUGAUUCAGAACAGAAUAACAGGGAAAAUAGUAAUGGCAAUGAAGAAACACAGGAUAAAAAUAAUCAAGAUGAAAAGACUGAGGAAUCGACUACAGCCACAGCUUCAACAACAGCAAAAAAAUCAAGAUCUGUAUGUUUUGAUCAUCGAUUGACUCAUCAAAGUAGAAUUUAUAAUAUUAAUGAUUCAUUCUUUACACAGAGUGUUAUAAAGAUUAGUACCAAUAAACCAAAUAAAGGUGAACUCUUAUUGACACCGACACAGGCAAAAGAACUAUCAGAGAAGAACAAGCGAUGGAUAUACGUGCCAGUUACCGAAACAAAGCCGAUCGAGGAACAACCUCUACCAGCAAAGAGAGACAGAAAACCUAUACAUUUAAACGACUAUAUAACUUCGUCAUCAAGGAAGAAGGGCGAAAAAGAUACUAGCACUCCAGUAAAAGAAGAAAAACCAGUAGCAGCACCAACACCAUCACCACCCCCAGCACCCACACCAACCAGAUCCUCUCGAAGAUCAUCGAGUAACAAUAACAGCACAGCGAGCAGCAGUAGCAUCACCAAUCAUAGCAGUACAACUACAAACACCACCAAAAAAACACCAACGAGAUCAUCCAGAAAACCAGCAGCAACAGCAGCAGCAGCAACAUCAGCAGCAUCAGUGAUCAUAGAGGAUAUAUCGUCACCAGAGAAAGUCGAUAUCUCCAAACUACAAGAGACCAUUGUUGGAUUGCAGGAUGAGUUGAGACAUGUAAAGGAACAGAUUCAGAAUACCUCACCCAAGAUUGUAACCACCAGCACCACCAGCACCGCAGUAUCACCACCAUCGAAAUCCACUAAACAAACAACCACAUCCAACCGAUUGGCACCACCACCACAAAAGCUUUCAUCACUAUACAGCGAUGACGAAGAUGAAAUGGAAGUUGCACAACCAGCAUCGGAGCUGGAGCACGUCGAAGAGGUGGUGGAGGAGGAGGAAGAGGAAGAGGAGAUCGAAAUUACAGAGACACCAACAAAGAAUCAACGAAAGCGUAAAUCAACAUCGUCAGUCACACCACCCAUUCAACCACGAUCGAAACCUCAAAUCAAAAAACCAAGAGCAUCCACCUCACUCCCCAACACACCGGUCAGCAAGCCACUCUCAUUCCCAGGUGGCACUGGCACAUCCGAACGUGCCCAACGUCCUACUAAGGGUCGCCGUAGAUUCCCAAGUGGUGACAAUAUAUCAUUGGUGGGACCAAUGAAGCGUUGUCUCGAGAUUCUCGACUUCCUCAUGAAUCAUCAGAUGGGUUAUCCAUUUUUGGUACCGGUGGAUCCAAUCGCUUUGAACAUUCUCGACUAUUUCACAUAUAUUAAACACCCAAUGGAUUUUGGAACCAUUCGUAAUUCCUUGCUCGAUGGAGUCUAUGAGGCACCCGAUGAGUUUGCAGCGGACUGUCGUUUAGUUUUUUCAAAUGCAAGAUUGUAUAAUCCACCAGCCAAUCAAGUUCAUAUAAUGGCAAAGACACUGGAGGACCUGUUUGAGAAGAAGUACGCCAAGGCAUUGGCUGAGCCACCUUCACCAGAGAUUCAACCAGAGGAGAGUGAGAAGAUCAAACGUCUCACCAUGGAGAUGAAGACCAUGACCAAGGAGUUGGAAAAGAUGAAGAAGGAGAGCACCGGUGGUGGUAGAGGUAGAUAUCGUGAAGCCGCCAGACCAAUGACACUCGACGAGAAGACUCAUCUAGGUGCUGCAAUCAACGCACUUCACCCAAGCAAUCUACCAAAGUUGAUUCAAGUAAUUUCACACACACUCGACCAGAAUACAGCACAGGAGGAGAUCGAAAUCGAUUUGGAAAAGUUGGAUACCGGAACACUCAGACGUCUGGAGCAAUUUGUUAUUUCAUGUUUCCAACCCGGCCAGUACCAUCAAUUCCAACCACACAUGGCUGCCGAGCAACAGAAACAACGAGAAAUCGAAAAUGUAACAAAGCAAAUUAACCAACUUAAUCGUGGUUUGAAUUCGAGCAAGCACAAAAAGCACAAUAUAUCAAAACCAAUCACAAAAGCACACGGACGCAAGAUUGCACCUCCUCCAAAGCGCGAAGAAGAGGUGGUAGUUGAUGACAUGACCGAGAAAACCAACUACCCUCCUGUGGUAAUUGACAGAGAUUCAAACCUAAACGAUGAUGUUACCAGUGGUGGUUCCGACUCUUCCGAUUCAUCUGACUCGUCUGACUCUGAUUCAAGUAGCUCAUACUCUGAUUCAGAAUACAGUGACAGUGAAAACGAUCAAUCAGCCAACAGAAAUAAUAAUAACAACAAUAACAACAAUAAUAAUAAUAAUAGUAAUAAUAGCAUUCCAAAUGGUUCAACCAAUUCUACUUUAAAAUCAUCAUCAACAACUAACACUACUACUUUUGAAAAAACAACAACAACUACAACCUCAUCCACCACUUCAAACACUGCGUCUACUUUAUCUUCUUCGGUAAACUCUACACCAACCCCUCAGAUUAUCCAAGCAGCCAAGAAGACAAAUCUACCCACCACCGUUGCAUCGUGGAAUUUCGAUAGUUCAUCGUCCACCUCCACCGAGCAUGCCGCCUCACCCAUUUCAUCGUCUGCAUCCCUUCCAGUGUCGUCGUCGACUCCACCCAUAGUUCCACAAAGUUCACCGCUUUCACCUCACUCACCUACCAUUCCAUCAAACUCACCGACCUCCCCCAACCAUCAAAACAAUACUACCAGUAGCACUGCCAACAACAACAACAAUUCUACCGACUCUACAUGGGCUCACUAUAAGGCAAAGAAUAUGACUUUGCAACAAAAGGAAAAAGAGAGAAUUGAGCAAGCCGAGCAACUACGAAAAGAAAAAGAGGAUCGUGAGGAGGAAGCACGUCGUGAUGAGGAGAGAAGAAAGCAGGAAAUUGCAGAGGUCCAGAAGAAACAAAAAGAAAAAGAGGAAGCCGAAGCCGAAGAAACCAAAAAACAAAUAGAAGCAUCAAGACAAGCAGCAAGAGAAGCAAGAGAAAAGGCAAGCGGUAAAAAUAACAUGUCAUUCCAAUACCAAAUGGAAAUGAUGGCUUCAUUUGAAAAUAGUUUUAGUGGUAACAUGGAAAAUCCUUUACUUAAUUUACAAUUCAAACCAAUCGAAGACAGUUUUGAUUCUCCUGCUAUUAAAGAAUAA